AUGUCGAUUGUACUCCCGGUGGUGACUCGAGCAGCUGAAGCAUUGCAGAGCAGCGAGCAAAUGUCGGAAUUGAAGAUUGCAGCCAAUGAAAAUGGUUGGGCCCGUGUUGCCAACUCUGGUACUAUCUCUAUUAUGUCAUACUGUGGGUCCUCGAUCCUGAUGACCGUGACCAACAAGUUUGUGGUCAAUUUGAAGGACUUUAACAUGAACUUGGUGAUGUUGUUUGUGCAGUCGUUGGUUUGUACCCUGACGUUGGUCGUGUUGAAGUUUCUGGGCUAUGCGAAAUUCCGUCCGCUAAACAAGACCGAUGCGAAGAACUGGAUGCCAAUCUCGAUUUUACUGGUGUUGAUGAUCUACACGUCGUCGAAGGCGCUACAGUUUCUGGCCGUUCCAAUCUACACGAUUUUCAAGAACUUGACCAUCAUCCUGAUCGCUUACGGUGAAGUACUGUUCUUCGGUGGCUCCAUCACUUCGAUGGAACUGUCUUCGUUCCUCUUGAUGGUUCUUUCGUCGGUCAUCGCCACCUGGGGUGACCAGCAGGCGUUGGCAAAGAAGGCUGCGCAGACUGCCGUUUUGGGUGAAUCCUCUCUGCCUUUCAGCAUCGGCUACUUGUGGAUGUUCGCCAACUGCAUCUCCUCGGCGCUAUUUGUGCUGAUCAUGAGAAAGAGAAUCAAGUUGACCAACUUCAAAGAUUUCGACACGAUGUUUUACAACAACGUUCUGGGGAUGCCAAUUCUUUUGGCUGCCUCAUUUAUCGUGGAAGACUGGUCGCAAGCCAACCUCGCCACCAACCUCUCUCAGGACUCUGUGACCGCUAUGGUUAUUUCCGGUUUGGCUUCCGUCGGUAUCUCUUACUGUUCAGGUUGGUGUGUUCGUGUCACGUCUUCCACGACUUAUUCCAUGGUCGGUGCUUUGAACAAGUUACCAAUUGCGCUAUCUGGUUUGAUCUUCUUCGAUGCUCCAAGAAACUUCCUGUCUUUCCUCUCCAUUUUCAUCGGUUUCCUGUCAGGCAUCGUCUACGCUGUCGCUAAGCAGAAGAAGAUGCAGAAUCAAGCGUCCCAGAAAUAG